CUGGCCCCACGCCACGGCUGCUCCCACCACCCUCGCCCGGAGGCAGCAAUGAUAGAUCCUCCAACCUAGCAGGCAGGCAGCGAAGAAGGGAAAGAAUGACACCGCUACCCAAAGCAGCCAGCCAAGCCAUAGACAACCCCAGUCCUAGCCACUAGCUACAACGAACAAGCUCAGACCCAGCCAGCCUUGUGGCUCCGGUUGGACUGGCCGGUACCGUUGCCGCUCCUGAUGGGGAACUGCGCCGGCGUGCAGGGGAACGCCGAGAUCAACCCGACCUUCAGUGCUCCCAACACCUCAGGUAACAAUUCCAAGAGCAGCAACAGCAGCAAUGCGACUGAUACCAGCACUUUUGGCAAGAGUUCUUCGUCGUCGGUGCCACCGACUCCUCGGACCGAGAAGGAGAUCUUGCAGUCGUCCAACCUCCGCAAGUUCACCUUCAGUGAGCUGAGAAGCUCCACAAGAAACUUCCGGACUGACAGCCUGCUCGGGGAGGGGGGCUUCGGCUCCGUGUUCAAGGGGUGGAUCGACGAGCGCACGUUUACGCCGGUCAAGCCCGGCACCGGGAUGAUCGUCGCGGUGAAGAAGCUCAAGCUGGACAGUUUCCAGGGGCACAAGGAAUGGCUGGCUGAGGUCAAUUACCUGGGGCAGUUGUCACACCCCAAUCUUGUGAAGCUCAUCGGGUAUUGCUUGGAGGACGAGCAGCGGCUUCUUGUCUACGAAUUCAUGCCGAAGGGUAGCUUGGAGCACCAUCUUUUCAGGAGAGCUCCACAUUUCCAGCCCCUUUCAUGGAAUUUACGGAUGAAGGUUGCUCUUGAGGCCGCCAGGGGACUUGCUUUCCUGCAUAGUGAUGAGGCUAAAGUUAUAUACCGUGAUUUCAAGACCUCUAAUGUUCUUCUUGACUCGGAAUAUAAUGCAAAACUCUCUGAUUUUGGCUUGGCAAAAGAUGGCCCGAGUGGCGAUAAAAGUCAUGUUUCUACUAGGGUCAUGGGGACUCAAGGAUAUGCUGCCCCUGAAUAUCUCGCAACAGGCCACUUGACCACGAAGAGCGAUGUCUACACCUAUGGUGUUGUUCUUCUAGAGUUGCUGACCGGGCAACGUGCUCUGGACAAGAACCGCCCGCCUGGACAGCAUAACCUGGUGGAGUGGGCAAGACCUUACAUCAACAGCAAGAGGAGGGUCAUCCAUGUCCUGGACCCACGAUUGGGGUCGCAAUAUUCGCUCCCGGCGGCGCAGAAGGCAGCGGCGCUUGCGAUGCAAUGCCUGUCAAUGGACGCCCGGUGCAGGCCGGACAUGGAUCAGGUCGUGACCGCGCUGGAAAAGCUCCCAGAGGUGAAGAAAACAUACAAGUAGGGGAGGGUUGCUGGUUCCAUGUGUACUCCUUUACCUCUCUGGAGCAUGCAUCAUCCACUCCUUGUAAGCAACACUUCAGGGAGUAGAAACAGUGAACAGAUGCCGGACUUGAGGGGAAGACUAGCCUUUGAAUCUGUCAAGAGAAUGUAGAAUAUAUGUCGCCAUGUGUACAGCUAGCUGUUAGCCUGUUACUUUGCUGUCAGCCUGACGCCUGUUUUAUAUAUUUGCAGUACAUCGGCUUUGUAAAACAAGUUGGGAAACAGUUUUGUGUCUUGGUCUUGGAA